CCCUUGCAACCUUAUCCUAACAAAAGCCCUGCCGUUACCCAGUCACAUUCCCAAGUCACAUAUACAUCUCCCGGCAUCUCUAAGCUAUCACCAUGCCAAUCCCAACUCCGACUCCUGAAUCCUCUAUCACACGGCCAGACUCAAACCAGAGCAUGCCAGACCGACAGGGUGUAAGCCUGGUUGGUGGAAACUUUCCACACGAGCAAGAGAUCAUAAGCGACGGUAAUCUUGUACUCAUCAUCGGAGCGGGUGAAAAAAGGGUGCGGAUCACAGUUCAGGCUGCCCGCGUGUCUUCAUCUGUUCUUUCAGACAUGCUUGAUGGAAGGAAUAUCACUGGCGCUGACAAUACGGGCCGGGUUUUCGAGCUCAGGCUUCCUGACGAUGAUGCUACAGCGGCUCGAAAUGCCUUUGGCAGCAUCUAUCCCGGCAAUCCCCAUGCGGACGAUCUAUCACCGGGAGAGAUCUACGAUGUGGUCAUAUUUGCCAGGAAGUAUAAGAUGAUUCCUGAAUUCAGGAAGGUUGCUUCAAAUUGGUUCCGCCCCAGAUAUUGUGGCAGGCACUUUCAUCCUGCGCAUCGGUUCUUUGGUCUAGAAGACUGUUGGUACCUAAUGAUGGCAGCGUACUACAUGGUUCUCCCUGACCUCCCAGAUUUCCGUUUUGAAUUCUCCAAUCUCAGCGAACGACUAGUGAGGGACGAGAGGGCAUAUUAUAACUGUCGCUUACAUGUACGGGUGCCACACGCUCACGGUAUUGAAGCCGAUAUAUACUGGUCGAUUCGCGACGCCAGGGGGGACUAUGCUGAGGUCAUGGCUCAGCACGGUCAAUGUCGCUGUAUGGGAAGCUCUGGGCCAUAUACCCAAACAAUAUUCGAAUGGGAUUAUGGAAGGUUCUCCUUAUGUCGGGGCUUGGCAUAG